UCGCUGGCUUGCCGCUCGGUCGUGCAGGCCGAUUCGCGGGACUACAACUCCCAAAGGGUCGUGCGUGAGAAGGCCGGCCGGUCCCCUUCCCGGAAGUCCGCUCUAGCCCUGAGCCCCGCAACUGCAGCCAGAGGCCGAGCCGCCCAGUCACCAGGGGACCGGGGACGCUGGGGUCCGGACGGGGGUCGCCAUGAUCCGCUUCAUCCUAAUCCAGAACCGGGCGGGCAAGACCCGUCUGGCCAAGUGGUACAUGCAGUUUGAUGACGACGAGAAACAGAAGUUGAUUGAGGAGGUGCAUGCCGUGGUCACUGUCCGCGAUGCCAAGCACACCAACUUUGUGGAGUUCCGGAACUUCAAGAUCAUCUACCGACGCUAUGCUGGCCUCUACUUCUGCAUCUGCGUGGAUGUCAACGAUAACAACCUGGCCUACCUGGAGGCCAUUCACAACUUCGUGGAGGUCUUAAAUGAAUAUUUCCACAAUGUCUGCGAGCUGGACCUGGUGUUCAACUUCUAUAAGGUUUACACGGUUGUGGACGAGAUGUUCCUGGCUGGCGAGAUCCGUGAGACCAGCCAGACAAAGGAGCCACACUUGGAGGUUCUGCCAUUAGUCAGUCAACAAACACCCCUCCUCACAGAGCAAUGCGGGGGAUGCAGACACACAUCAGACCUGCUCCUUUCCACAGAGGACCUCAAGUCUGAAAGAGGGUAACAGAUUUGGAAACCACCCACUUGCUACUAAAAUAAUAAUACUGAUACCAAGAAACGAACAAAAACCAUUGCUUUUGAGUCAGUUCCGACUCAUGCCAACCCCAUGUGUUACAGAGUAGAACUGCUCCAUAGGGUUUUCUUGGCUGUAAUCUUUACAGAAGUCGAUUGCCAGGCCUUUCUUCCAUGGUGCUGUGGGGGUGAGUUCGUAUCGCCCACCUUUAGGUUAGUUGUCAAGAGCUUAACUGUUUGUGCUACUCAGGGGCCUUCAAUAAUAGUACUGAUUGUUACGGCCACUGUAGGAAAUGAAUACAGUCCGUCUUAGUUUUCUACUGCUGCUGUAACACAAAUACCACAAUACAUAUGGGGGGUGGACAAUUUAAUCCAUAACAGUCUUUAGCCCACAUGAUAUGAGGAAUGUCAUUUUAUUUUAUCAAUAACCAAUUGCUAAUAAAUAAAAUGCAUUUGUUGAGUAGUGCCAACUUUCCCCACUGAGCUGUAACAAAAUAGAUUUGAUUCACUUGGAAUCCAGAUUUCUGGGUUCAUGAAAUUGGGGUGACCCACCUAGGCCAUCCACCCUUAAGUGUCCUUUUGAACCUUAAAAGAACUGGUUCCCUGGAGUCACCUUCGGGUCAAACAGUAGCUGAGUAAGCAGCUUAGUGGAGAGGUUUUGGCCUUCGGCAUUGGGUUCUUUUGGAAAAUCAUCUGUGUGCAUCCAGCUUCAAGAAGCAGUAACUUCAGGGCCUGAUUAGAGGCUGUGUUUUAGGAUGUAUGGCGUGACCUUGGUAAUUCUGUUUCUCUAACUGAUGGACCCUGAAACCCUGCUGUGCUUUGAUGUUAUCUUCUGAGAAAUUAACACAACAGUGACAUAUAUAACCCAUUUUCACUCUCCCCUUUGGAGCGUCUUCCCAACAUGUUUGAGUGAUGCUGUCUAGUUUGACUCAUAUCUACUCACAAUAAAUAUAUUCUGUUACACUAAAAAAAAAAAAAAAAAAAAA